UAACGAUUGUACGAACAGCUCGGCUCCCAAAAGCGGGACUGAGUUUCGCGGCAACAAAUGAGAACGCGUGUCCACCUCCUCCGUUUCCGCAACGAAACCCUAAUCUGACCUUCCCAUUUCCCGUUCUAAUGGGUCUCCCUCGCGCCUGUUUCUUUCUCCAUCCAUGGAUCACUACAAGACUCUAGGGCUGACCAAAGACGCCACCAAGGAAGAGAUCAAGGAGUCUUUUCGUCGCUCCGCCCUAAAUUUCCAUCCCGACAGACACGUCCAGUCAUCGGAGGUGGUCAGGCAACGAUCAGUCCUGAGGUUCAAGCAGGCGUCGGAGGCCUACGAGAUUUUGAUUGAUGAUCGGAAGCGCGCGGAUUACGACUUCAGUUUACGCCGGGGCGGAGGAUUUGGCGGCUGGAGUGGUGGGGUCUCGCCGGCGGCUUCCGCAGGGUAUGCGGGCCGUGGUUAUGGCGGAGGAGGAGGUAGUGGUGGUGGUGGUGGUUACCCUAGAAGGUCUCCGGGAGGUGGAGGAUCGGGAUUGGAUGUGGAGUUCCUGUUCAAACUCAUGACGACUCGUGGGUUUCUGUUCAGUCUGGCUUUUGCGAGUCUUUUGUUAGGUGGAGCAGUUGUUGCAGAGAGAAGUGUGGAUACGCUGUGGAAAUUGAAUAAUACCGGGAAAUCAUUUGAAGAUGCAAUGGAGUCCAUAGAAAAGGUCAGAACAAAAGAGGAGAGCAAUUGAGCCAUGGUAACAGGUAGAAUAUGGAGCUAGCUCAAAAUUGGGUUGAAUCAAUUUGAUCCAUGAGCUGAUUUCGCGUCAAUAUUUAGGCUUCGUUUGGUUCAACUUUCUUACUACUUUCUGAAGCAAUGUUUUAGUACAAAAAAUUCUUAUAUUAAAAAAAUUUGUACUAGAAAGCAGUAAAAAAGCUGUCUCAAACGAAACCUAAAUUGGCUCAAAAUAUAAUCAUGCCUAACCCUACUACCAUCUCUCCUAUACCAUAUUUAUCAUGUCUAUCUUUUUAUAAUGUAUAUGAUUAAGGUUACAUUCAGGAUGUCUUUCUUAUUGUUUCUUAAAACAGCUUCCAAGUAUAAAAACUAAAAUUUUUUAACUAGAAAGCUGCUUUAAGAAGCAUUAAAAAAGCCAUCCCAAACGAAGUCUAAAGAGUAGCUCCUUGGUUCUUUCAUGUGAAAGAAAAGAAAAGUUAUUCUCAUGUUUAUAUAGAAUGUCAAUAAGUCGAGCUAAGCUUGAGCUCAACUUGUUAAUGUGCUUAUGUUCGUAAGCCAAGCUCCAACUCGAUUUGCUUAUAAUUAGACUUGUUGACUCAUUAAUUAUUGUCGGUCUCUUAAUUCAAA